AUACAUGUUUAAUACAGUUAUGCAAGUAAAACGACUAGAAGGUUUAAAUGGCACCCUAUCAAUAUCUAUAGGACGCAAAACUGUUCAAGAGCCAAUCUUUGGAAAUAUUAUAAUUACAUCUGAAAGAGGUACAGAUAAGCGGCACUACGUUUUACAGCAUAAUGGUUAUUAUUUAGAAGAUUCCGUUAUUCAUCAUGAUUUGCGAAAUCCAAAUCGAUAUUUGGAAGGAUCGAACAAACGCUUUAUACUUAAACUUGAACAGGAUGAGAAACCUAAUGCUGCAAUAAUAAAACGACGAGAACUUGUAAAUGGCGCUCUUGUAAUAUUAAGAGAUAGCGAAACGUUACGUCAACAAGUCUUCGGAUAUAUCGAAAUUACUACUUUUACAGUUCAUAUGGUAAUUUGUAGGCGUGGACUUACUUCCAUAUAUAAGUGCGAAAACGAAAAUGGCGAUAUAAUAUACACCACUGAAGAAAAUGCUGAAAAGGUUAUAAAUGAAUACUUAAAUAAUACGGACCAUAGAAUUAGAACUUUAAAUUUGUUAAUCGGAAUAACGUUGGGAAAUGAAAAUGUUACUCUUGCCUUAGAUCAAGAUGAGAAUCUCAAAAACGCAGGACACUGGUGGAAUUCAGAUGUUACAGUAAAACGACUAGAAAAUAUAAAUGGCGUCUUAAUAAUGUCUACAGGAAACAAAAUUUAUUAUGAACCCGUCCUUGGGUUUAUCGAUCUGAUAUCUUCUAAUAAACAAGCUAAAUACCUAUUCCAUCUUCAGCAGUAUGUUAGAAAUGUCAUGAUUUGUAGGAAACAUGACAACUUCACGUUCAUUUGCGACAAAGAUAAUGGUCAUGUUAUAAGCACUACUUUAGGACGUUUAGAAUUGGAUAUAAAAAAUUACUUAUAUAAUGUGGACCAUUAUAUCAGAGGUAGACAUUCUCGACACAGUGCAGUUAACGGCACCAUUCUCCGUGCUCUAAGCUCAGCUCAAAUUCCAGCAACCCUUGAACCCUGUGGCCUCUCAACCGAGAAUAAUACGGCUUAUACUUGCAUCGACCGAUUUGCUCCCUCCUUUAAUAACAACUCAUUCGUGCGAGCUGAAAACUCUCAAAUUAAUAAAUACACUUUCCUAACCAAUUGCAAUCUCGUAUCAAUCGUAUCCGAUACAACCGGUUUUUUUGGCAAUCAUGCCCUAACCUUCUUCAAAUCCCUUGGUAAAAAAAUCCGCGCCAUCACUGGUGACCCAAGGAAGGCUUCUAUCUCAGACAGCGAAUAUCUAUUGCUAUAUGCAGAUCUAACUGCAUUGCCCUCAACGGCUCUCUUUCUUGACCUCCUCCCACCCAACAACAAUAUUUCAACAGAAUGUGCUAUUGAUUUUAUCCUAGACACAUCUAGUCUAUAG